AUGGAUGAGAUUUGGGAAAGAGCGGUGGAGACAGCUCUGGACGGCCAAACGGACUUCGCUUCGGUUCGAACAUUAACUCUAAACGGAGCCGUGAAGUGCGUUCAUGGUCGCUUGCCUCCGCCGGCCCUGUUCGAGAGGUUUCAGAACCUUCAGCACCUAUCCAUAGCAAACAUCGGUGUUUCCUCCCUGGAACAGUUUCCCCGGCUUCAUUACCUGCAAAAGUUAAUUUUAUCUGAUAAUAGAAUCGCUGCGGGGCUAGAAUUCCUCGUAGAGGCUGGUUUAAACUCGCUUCGGGACCUCGAUUUGUCGAACAACAGGAUUCAGGAUAUAGAUGAUCUUCGGCCGCUAGCAGAGCUCAAACUGGUCUCGCUUGAUCUGUAUGAGUGUCCGGUGACAAGGGUUAAGGAUUAUCGAUCUAGGGUUGAGUGUCCGGUGACAAGGGUUAAGGAUUAUCGAUCUAGGGUUAAUAAAGCUUUGAACCGGGUUAAAGCUUUGAACCGGGUUAAUUGA